AUGAUAAGUAUUCAUUUCUUUAUUUUUAUUUUCUAUAUAAUAAAUAUUAUAAAUGCUGAAUUAUUAUCACAUACAAUUAUUAAAUUUGAACCAUUUCAAAGUGUAAAUAUUUUAUCUGUGCAACAUUUUAAUAAUUCAAAUAUUACAUUUACUGAUACAAAAAAAAUUUUCAUUCAUAACGUGAAAAAAGCACGCAUAAAACGAAAUAAUCAACGACAAAUUACGGAUGCAAAAAAUUUAUUAAAUCAACGUAUUCAUGGAAAUUCUGUUCCACAGUGUCCAUGUGUAAUUAAACCUGGAACAGAUAAAUGCAUCGCUUAUGAUUCUCGAUAUCAGGCGGCAACAAUUGAAGAAGCGCUAGUGGCAUUUCAAGAUCUUACCAUGGACAGUGAUGAUGAUUUCAAAUAUUCUUCUACUAUUAUUAAUGCUAAAACAUUUACAUGUCAAACAUUGGAAUGUCAAACAUGUGCAGCAAUUUUACUUAGACGUAUCAAACAAAUCGGAAUGGUACCAACAGAUUUACAAGUUUCAAUUCCACUUCCUAAAUUUAUUGAUUCAAGAUAUUGUCGAAGACUUCGUUUUCUUAAACCAUUUUCUAUACCAAAUCCACCUCAACCAUCUUAUUAUAUGAAAGCAUUAAUUGAACGUGGUUUACAAUAUGCUGGUGGUAUUUUAAGACGACAACAAAUUACUCAUCCUGCAAGGAAUCGUUUUUGGUCACCAACACAGUCACCUGCACCUCUUCUACCACCACGACCACUACCACCACGACCACUACCGCCACCACCACCACGACCACUACCACCACCACCACCACCACCACCACCGCCACCACCGCCACCACCGCCACCACCGCCACCGCCACCUAUAUUUCAUCCUCCUCCACCUCCUCCUCAUAUUCAACCACAACAAUUUCAAUUUCCUUUUUUUCAAACCCAACAUCUAUCACAGUAUCCAAUGCAAGAAUCAUGGUUUCCAUCUAUUUUUAAUACGGUACACAGUAAUGGAAAAGGUGCAGCAAUUUAUCAGAGUAAUGGUGAAAUUUCAAUAAAUAGUGGAGGAAGUGGAACAGAUAGUUCAUCACAACAUACCAAAAAGAAAGUUAAAAGAAAAGCUGAACCACCUGUUUUAGGAAUACGUUAUACAAUAUCAUGCGUACGACAUGGUGAAAUAGAUGAUGAUAAUAUGUUAACAUUAUGUGGUACCUGUUGGACAUGGCGUAAAUUACCACCUGAUUAUUUUCCACCUUUAAUUAAUGAACUUGUUUGCUCAAAAGAAAAUCAAGGUCAUUGUCUAUCUGGUUGGGGUAAAUGUCAACAAAAAUAUCGUAAUUUUGAUGUGCUACGAAAUGUUAAUGGAAAUUGGCAACCAACAACGAUCUCAACAGCAACAUGCUGUGAUUGUCGAAUUCGAGCAGGCACUGAAAUACAUCCACUUGUUAUUGGCAAAAGGCAAAAUUAA